UUAUUUGCAGCUGGGCCAACUCGGAGGCGCGGGCGGCGCAGCGCGGGGCGCCGGCGGCAGGUUCAGCGGCCGCGUCAUGCCCGAGCCCCCCUCCAGGCAGCCGCCGCGCGCCGCCGGGGCCCCGGCCGGGGAGGAUGCCAGACGCCCGGCGGAGGCCAGGACAGCGGUGGCGGCGCGAUGGUGGUGACAAGCUCUGCCCGAGGCGGCGGCGGCGGAGAGGACCGCGAGCCCUCCCGGCGGCGGGACUGCGGGCUCGCGCCGGCCGGAGCCGCGGCGCUGCUGGCCGGGGCGAGCUGCCUGUGCUACGGCCGCUCCCUGCAGGGCGAGUUCGUGCACGACGACGUGUGGGCGAUCGUGAACAACCCCGACCUGCGGCCCGGCACCCCGCUCCGCUGGAGCAUCUUCGCCAACGACUUCUGGGGCAAGGGCAUGGCCGAGAACACCAGCCACAAGUCCUACCGGCCGCUCUGCGUCCUCACCUUCAAGCUAAACAUAUUUUUGACUGGCAUGAACCCAUUUUACUUUCAUGCAGUAAAUGUAAUUUUGCACUGCCUGGUGACCCUUGUGCUGAUGUACACGUGUGACAAAACUGUCUUCAAGAAUCGUGGACUUGCUUUUGUUACGGCGUUGCUUUUUGCUGUGCAUCCGAUUCAUACUGAAGCGGUGGCCGGAAUCGUCGGCAGAGCGGAUGUAUUGGCGUGCCUGCUCUUUCUGUUGGCCUUCCUCUCCUACAAUAGGAGUGUGGACCAGUGCUGCGUUGGGGGCUGUUUCCCGUCCACGGCGUCUCCCUUCUUCUUGCUGCUUGGUUUGUUUCUGGGGACCUGCGCAAUGCUAGUGAAAGAGACGGGCAUCACUGUGUUUGGAGUGUGCUUGGUUUAUGACCUCUUUUCCUUGUCCCACAAGCAAGAGAAAUCGAGCAAUGGGGUCAUCCAUCAGCGCAGCCCACAGCAGCCGGGGAGCCCCCAGCCCUCCUCACUGCCCGCGCACCCUCUCCGGGAGAAUGGAAAGCAGCAGCGGUUCCCUCACAGAGGCGCUUGGAGUGGCUGCCACUCCCCAUUGCCACCGGAACCCAAGAGCAGUGGAUUCCCCGCGUCUCCUGGAGCUGUGUGGUCCAUGAUGAGGUACUGGGCUGGGCUUCUCGACUGUGUGCGUUUUCACCAUCCAGCAUCACCCAUGUAUCUGACAACAAGCAGUAACAGAAAUUUCCUGCUUACCAUGAGGCCAUUCUUGAAGAGGGCCAUUUUGGUCAUAAGUUACGUGAUUGUGGUGUUGUACUUCCGUCUCUGGAUAAUGGGAGGGUCUAUGCCCCUCUUUUCAGAGCAAGAUAAUCCGGCUUCAUUUUCGCCUUACAUCCUUACAAGAUUCCUUACGUACUCCUACCUCUUGGCCUUCAACACGUGGCUCCUGCUUGCACCGGUCACCCUGUGCUAUGACUGGCAGGUUGGCAGUAUUCCUCUGGUAGAGACCAUAUGGGACAUUCGGAAUUUAGCCACCAUCCUCCUGGCAGUUGUGAUGGCCUUACUGAGCCUGCACUGUUUAGCUGCCUUCAAGAGACUGGAGCACAAGGAAGUUCUAGUGGGCUUGUUGUUCCUGGUUUUCCCAUUCAUUCCAGCCAGCAAUCUCUUCUUCAGGGUGGGCUUCGUGGUGGCCGAGAGAGUCCUUUACAUGCCCAGCAUGGGCUACUGCAUCCUCGUUGUGCAUGGACUGAACAAGCUCUGCUCUUGGCUGAACCGGUGCGGGGCCACCACGCUGACGGUGUCCACUGUGCUGCUGCUGCUGCUGUUUUCUUGGAAAACUGUGAAGCAGAAUGAAGUUUGGCUGUCAAGAGAGUCCCUAUUCAGGUCUGGAGUUCAAACUCUGCCCCACAACGCCAAGGUUCACUACAACUAUGCCAAUUUCCUGAAGGACCAAGGUCGGAACAGGGAAGCGAUCUACCACUACACAACGGCCCUCAAGUUGUAUCCACGCCAUGCAAGUGCCCUGAACAACCUUGGAACGCUGACGAGAAACACGGCAGAGGCACAGAUGUACUAUCAGAGGGCUCUCCAGCUAAACCCGCAGCACAACCGCGCUCUGUUCAAUCUCGGGAAUCUCCUUAAGUCCCAGGAGAAAAAAGAAGAGGCUAUCACUUUACUGAAGGAUUCCAUUAAAUAUGGCCCAGAGUUUGCAGAUGCUUAUUCAAGCUUAGCUUCAUUACUGGCUGAGCAGGAGAGAUUUAAGGAAGCCGAGGAAACAUACCAGGCUGGGAUAAAGAACUGUCCUGAUAGCUCGGACUUACAUAACAACUACGGAGUUUUCUUGGUAGACACUGGCUCCCCGGAGAAGGCAGUGCUCCAUUACCAGCGGGCCAUCCGACUUAGCCCGAGUCACCACGUGGCCAUGGUGAACCUGGGCAGACUCUAUCGGUCCCUGGGCGACAGCGGCAUGGCCGAAGAGUGGUACAAACGCGCCCUGAAGGUGGCACGCAACGCUGAGAUACUGUCUCCUUUGGGAGCUCUGUACUACAACACUGGCCGCUACGAAGAGGCGCUGCAGAUUUACCGGGAAGCCGCGGCACUUCAGCCCUCUCACAAGGAGCUCCGCCUGGCCCUGGCUCAAGUGUUGGCCAUGAUGGGUCAGACCAAGGAAGCUGAGAAGAUGACCAAUCACAUCGUGUCAGAGGAGACCGGAUGCCUUGAGUGCUAUCGCCUGUUGUCAGCGAUCUACAGCAAGCAGGAGGACCAUGACAAGGCACUUGAUGCUAUAGACAAGGCUCUCCAGCUGAAACCAAAGGACCCAAAAGUCGUUUCUGAACUUUUUUUCACAAAAGGAAAUCAACUAAGAGAGCAGAACCUUCUGGACAAAGCCUUUGAGAGCUACAGAGCUGCCGUGGGACUAAAUCCGGACCAAGCCCAGGCCUGGAUGAACAUGGGGGGCAUCCAGCACAUCAAGGGAAACUAUGUGUCCGCAAGAAGUUAUUAUGAGAGAGCCUUACAGCUGGUUCCGGACAGCAAACUGCUGCAGGAGAAUCUCGCCAAACUGGAUCGCCUAGAAAAACGAUUGCAAGAAGUUCGAGAAAAAGAUCAAACGUAGCGGCUGUUGACCGACUCUCCAGGGACAGUUGCUCGCACCUCUGGAGGAGGAAGCGGUGAUAGAGGCCUUGCUGCUGCAUCAGCAAGGGGACACCCAAGGAGGCUUUCCUCUGGCUCCCAGGCCAGGAGCCACGUUUGGAGAUGCUUGCUGAUAGCCCUGUGCUGCACUCCCAUGAAAAAAAGACAAAAAGAGCAAUCAAGGGCAAGGAGGUCUGCAAGGAAAGGAAUACAACAACUACACAUUUUACAGAUUUAUUUUUGCUUUAACUCCAGAUUUCCCUCCAGAUAGUUCUCUGUGGUUACAACCUAGUCAUCUGGUUCUUUUUCCAGUUUAAACUUUUAUGAAGUUUAAACCAGAAAUACAGAAAUUGGAAAUGCUAUGAAGGCAGAGCAUUGCUUCUUCAUGGAAUAAUUCAAAGAGGACAAAUCCUCUAAGAUAAGCCAUUUGGGAAAUUCCAUCAAGAGGUAGCUCAUUCAGUUCUCCAGAACCAGAAAGGAGUAUUGAAUACUUUCUGUAGAACCUUCUGGAAUUUGUGGGAAAAGGGGCUGUUGUUAAGGGAGCUGGAUCCGAUAUUCCCCUAAGCAUAUCCCUAGAGCCCUACUGAGUAGUAAACAAAAUUCCACUCUGAUGCAAACUUUCCCAUUGCCUAACACAUCAGACAGGAAGCUUCUGGAAUUAUGUAUGGCUAUUCUUCCCCAGGGGAAUGUCAAGGAUCUUGGUACCCCUAAUUCUUUAUGGAAAACCUAAAAUUAUUUUAAUUUUUAUUACAAGUAUCACUAGAGUAGUGAUUCUGCUCUAUAAUUUCAGAAGUGCUUUUAAAAUCAUAAAUAUUUCCACCUCUACAUAUAUUGUUAUUUUGGUGGAGAAAAACAUAGUAUAUUCUACAUGAAAAUUAUUAAAGAUAUUAACUGGGAGAAAUGUUCUACUUUAUUAUCUUAACCUUUAGACAUCACGAGAUUUAUUAUUUUUGACAAGUAUAUUGAACCAUUUUGGAAUCUUUACAGUAUAACACAGAAAUCUUCAUAGACUUUAAAUGGAAAGAGAGCUUUAUUGAUUUGUCUUCCUAGGCCUAAUGAGAAUUCUGUGCUUAGAACAUGAGUAAUGUGAACCCAAAAUUCAUUAUUAAUUAAUUAUUCUUCAUCAAAUUAAUUAUUAUUAAUUGGUAAUUUUGGAGAAUUCAUGGAAAAUGCUCAAAAAAUCUAGAAAAAUCUAAAUUCACAACUUAAAAAUAUAUAUUUAUAUUUAAAAAUAAGGAAGGCAAAGUUGAACUUACGAAUUGACAGUUGUUUUUUAGUGUUAUUUAUUUUAUAACUUAUAAAAUAUUUAAUAUAUACACACAGUUUUUUCUUUGUACAUAGUGGUUUUAAUAGUGGCUUUUUAAAACUUAGCAUACAAAAAUUAUAAAUGUAAAUUGCAAAGUAGUUAAGUUUUCACAGCACUUCAGAAAAGUUGUAUUAACUGUUCAAAUUGCUAAAGUCAAAGAAAUUAGGGCUCAGCCUACAGUGCUUGGGUAGCGGUAUAUUUUGGUGUGUAUUUUGAAAUUGGAACGCUUGGUUUUGUUUUGAAAAAUUAAAAAGUCAAAAAACUCUGGGCGGUGCUCUUCAUGGCACCAAGCCUCGUUCCACAGAGAUACAGGAGUCGGAAGGCACACGCACUUCCCAUGUUUAGGCUAAGAUAUGGUUAAAAAACAACGACAACCUUCUUAGCUUCUUUUUGAACCAGUUCAGGAAGCAGUGACCCUGUACUUUGGGGAUGGGGAGAAGGGCUAAGGUAAAUCCAGAUAAAAGGAAGGUAAACUUCUUUAGAAAGAGAUAAUGUAGAAAGAGAUGAUAUAAGGAAUAUUUUAAAUGCGAAGAGUUACAGAAAUGACAUUAGCAUAUAUCUACGUGUGCAUCAGUAAUCCAAUAGCACUUAUAUUACCACUAUGAUCUUCCAUUUCUAAUACUCUUCUAAAGUUGUGUAUCAUAAACUUAACCAAAAUUUUAUUUGAGAUAUUUUUCUUCCCCCCUCAAAUGUAUUGCUAUAGUCCUAUGGCCAAGAAAGGUACUACAGUAUAUUUGAAUAAUAUGCCGUUAUUAUGCCCACCCCCAAAAUGAAAAAUGUGAAGCUCUAGCUAAAACCAGUAUCUAAGACUUUAAUCACAACUGUUUAGAAUGAUCAGUAACCAAAACUCACACUUACAAGGCUGGUGGAAUGACUGAGCCCCAAAUUUUGAAAAGCAGUUAUGCCUUACUCUAAGUGCUGCGAAAGCUUUGGGAGUGCAUUUGUCGGAUUCGCUGAAACAGCAGUGGCUUCUCAAACAUCUCUGGGAGAAAGGGUCACGUGGCCUUCUGGAGCCGUUGCCCACCUUCUUUCGGGUGCUUUUCUCCCGGCCCCCAACCCCAUGUCUGUUUCUCUCUCGCCCCUCCCUUCCUCCACACCCACUUUCUAUCCCCCUCUCCUUUUCUCAUUCUGUCUGCACACAUUGGCAUCUCUUCGAACAUUAAAAUUUAGCCCUAUUGGCAUCAGAUAUUUUUGUCCUCAGUUACUACUGUCACCGAGAUGUGGCCAAGAAAAUAAUUUUUAUAGUUGAAAUGGUGCCUAUAAGAAAAUAAAUCACAUAUUAUUUUUUCAAAGAUAUUAAGUAUAUUUUGUAACUAUUUUUAUUUAGUCCUUGUCACAUGAAAUAGUAUGUGGAACCCACGUUUAUCAAAAUUCAAGCUGAGCGCCCGGCGAGUGGUGGAGCUACACCCAGGUUACCCUCCAGCCCGCGCCACUGGCUGGGGUGCCACAGCGCCUCUCUGUGGUGCAACUGCCGAGGCAGCUUGACAGCCCUGCCGUCCACACUUUCCCCCAUAGUCGUGUGCUCAGCAGCACUUUAUGCUUGGUUGCAUGCCCUCCUUGAAAUUCCGAACAUUUUAAACAGUCCUGCAGUUUCAUUUUGUGAUGGGUCCUUAAAUACAUAGCAGGUGCUGGGCAGGAGGUAAGGUGGCGGAGGACAAGAGGAGAGCUGCUUUAAUCCGGCGGAGCACUGGAUCCAAUGAUCGGAGUUUCAGUUGUGAUUCUGUUACUCAGAAUCGUUUGCUCUUUUUUCUCAUCUGCAUUAGAGUUCCUUGUGUACACAUCUCCACCCUCCUACUGCCGAUCUAUCUGACCUGUCCUUUGGUCCUGCCUAGAAUCAGUUCUCUUUACCUUCAAAAUCCCAUUAAGUGGCAGUCCCCUAACAUGUCCUUUGACAUGGGGACCUAGAGUGGCUUUACAAUCUCCUUUCAACCUUAAGAAUUAUUCAAGAGUUUAAAACGUGAUUCAGAUGUUCUCAACUUAUUAAUGGCAUUUAUAAGAUGUGGUUCAGUGAUAUAACACGGGUGAACUAAACCAAAGAUUUAAAUAACUUGGAGGAAGAAAAAAUUUAUUUUAGAAAACCCUGAUUCUGACACAGCUGGGCUGGAGGACCAGUGGCUGACAACUUCCGUGGGAGUUUUUAACUUUUGCAAAAUAGAUGUUUAUAAUCUCUCACAGAUGAGAUGAUUUCACAACUUUUACUUUUAAAUUAAACUAAAAUAAGCCAAAGAAUUCUAAAGAAGGAUUGAUUGUUUGGCACAGUUGGUUGGUUAAGGCCAUCAUUCCGAGACUGACAGAACAGAUGCGCUGGGAGGAGUGGUUUUGCAUUUGUGGCAAUUGGGCUAUAAUUUGACCUGUAUGUACAGAAUUCUCAAUUUUCAGAUGGACGGGAUCUUCCUUGUCAUUUACAUGUACCCAGACAAGGUACCCAGUAUGUAAAACUCAUAUUUUUUAUGACUCAAGGUGUCCAUAGCAUAGUUUAUGCCUAGACCUAUAUCUCUCUGUCUUUAGGUUAGUUAUGCACAUGUCAGCUUUUGGGAAUCAUUUUCUACUUAUUAGUUUAAAAAAUUGUGCUCUGAUUUGUGAUGAAUUUGCAUCUUAGAUUAGUAAAUCUACAGGAUAUUAGUAACAACAUUCAAAAGUAAUGUAGUUAUAGGUGAUUUAUUUUUUUCUGAUUUCCAUGAUCACAUUUACUUUGAUUAAGCUAGAUAUUUCCCAAUAAUAGGAAAAUUUAUUGAAAUAGCAUCUUUUCUCAUUUAAAGAAAGCAAAUACCUUUCAAGUCUUGCAUUUAGGCAGCAACUGAAUAAGAUAAAAGCUUACAAUGCCCAGAAAUACAUAGGUAUAUAUUAUAACUUUUUUUAUUAUCCUUGAAGAUUUUUAUGUAAAAGAACAAUAUGUUAAACAAUUCUUCCAAAAAAUAGCACUUUUUAAAAUUAUUUCUUAUGUAACCAUGUGGAUUAAGGAAAAGAAAUAAAAUAACUGCAAAGGUACAGUUUAAUAUCAGCCAAUAAAAUGGCAUAACAGAAGUGAUGCUAUUCAUAUCUACCCAUUGACUGGCAUAAAAACGUCCCAUUAUUAUCACCAAGGAUCCUUGCAAUGAAAACCUUUAGGGUACGUAACUCAUAAAAUUAGCACCUAUCACAAUGUACAAUCAUUGUUCAUUUAUAAGUUUCCAUCACCGUUUACCCUAAACUGGAAAGAGAUGUCUAUAUCCAGAAGUCCAGAAGUGUAUUCCCAUUCUUGGUGGUGCACCUGUGAAUCUGUGCAUCACGUUUGGAAGUUUCCAGUGUGCGUGAUGCCCCUGGGGUUGUCUGGCCGGUCCAUCAGGAGACGCACCAGUUCAGGAAUCGGGAGGCCUGGGUUCUUAGUCCUUCCUCUGUCCCCAAGGAGCCAUCUCACCCUGGGCACAUUACCAAACAUCUCAGUCCUGUUGAUCAUGCACCAAAGCACGGGUUAGUCCUGUGGAACUAGCAAGCUUUAUGUAUCUCCUGAUCCAGAUUCAAAGCCCUCUACAUCUGAAGACAAAACUGGUAAGCGUUGCCCUUUGUUUUAGGAACUCUUAAGAAAAUCACCACAACAGAACAAAUACACAAAUAGCCUUCAGGGUCAGUGACUGAACUGCCCACGUGCUUUAACAUAGCGGAGGGAACCAGUCUUAUUUUUGCAGCCUGUACACAUAAAAAAUUAGUGAUUUUUGUUAUGUUUCUAGGGAAAAAAGAUAUUUAAAAUUUUCCUCCUAAGGAUUAAAAUAUCUGUAGAAGCCAUGGCUUUUAUAAUGUGGAUAUCAUCUGACUUGCUGUAACUCAUACCAAUCCUUUUUUUUUUAGGGGGAAAUGACUUGCAUCAUGUUCUUUGUUCAUAAUGCUUUUAUUUCUUACUUUGAUCAGUUGUAUAUAAAUGUACAUUUUUGUUACUUUUGCUGUGCCAGUUAGAAAUAUAUCUUCCACAAAGUAUUUCUCCCAUAUAAGUCUGAUGUACACUUUGCCUACAUCUCCUCAAAAUAAAAUUUAUGUAAAUGUCUAUUUUAUAUAAAAUAUAAUGAAAAUAACUGUCUU